CGCGUGCGCGCUCAUUAGUGACGCACGGUUUCUGUUGUUACCGGCGCAUAUGAGAGUGUCGUAAACAUGUCGAAGUCGGUGCAGUGUAAUUCGUGCCGAAUAGUGAUAAACGAAAUGUUGUGUUAUAUACAGAACAAACUGUCUGUAAUGGGCGAGGAAUCAAUUGUGCGGUUGUGUACAUCGGCGUUUACCAGUGAUGAAAUUCAAACGUCAAAAUCGUUACUGUUCGAAUCGCUGCCUACAAAUAAGCGAAAAAUACAGCGAAAAGGCGAUGGCAAAGGUCAACGGGACAUUAACGACAUUGUACAAUUAAUGAAGACUACAGAUCCUGAUAUGAUACCUAUAUUUGUGGCAAGAGAAUUGGAAAAAUUGCCGCCAGUGACCUUUGACCAUUUGGAUUGUACGAAACUACUAAAAGAUUUGGUGCGGCUUCAAGCUGAUAUUGACACGGUCAAAUCGAACUACGCCACACUAAACGAUCUUGAGGUAUUAAAGAGUGAAUUGUUACCAAUGAAUAGAGGAUCUCCUCCGGCGCGUCUGUCCGUAUGUAAGGUAAACAAUAGGCGCGGAGCCUGGUGUAUGGAUAGCGGCCCAGUCGGAUUAUCUCAUAGUUCUCAUAUUCAGGAAACGAGUGAGAGGGUUAGUGAAACACCAGUAAAAGAGCAUACCCUGUUUCCUUUUCAAUCCGACGAAAAUCAGAAAGGUACAUCUAUCGAAUUAGCGAGUGAUCAAUCUACCUCACAAUGCGUAGCGGGCGAUAAAACUACCGCGUUACCUAUGCCGGCCGGCGCGGGCGCGUUGAGCGAUAUGAGUCAUUCGGGCGAACAGCUGUUUGAACUUGAACCCGCUAGUACAUCGAUGGGUAAAAUAAGUAGCGAAUGCCUUGGUGCUGACAGACAGUGCGCCUUGCAACUUACGGAACAAAAUAGACAAAAUGAUAUUAAGAUGGACGAUGACGGUUUUGAAACGGUAACGUAUAAGAAGAAGAAAUCUAACUAUCGCUAUAGAGGUCAAUUAGGCGUGGCAAACGACUCUAAUACGAAAUUUAAGGCUGCGGAUCGUAAGACUCCGGUUUUUAUAUCUAAUGUGCAUAAAGACACACAGGAAAAAGACAUUAUCGAAUACAUUAUGGACAAAACGAAGGAAAAGGUAUUUUUAGAGAAGAUCGACAUAAAAAGAGAUACAGGUCACAAAGCUUACAAGUUUUUUGUUAGUCCGAAUAAAUUAUCUCUAUUCCUGGAUAAAAAUAUAUGGCCGCAAGGUAUUAUUUUUCGUAAGUUCGUGCAUUUUCAUUAUAAACACGCGAUCGGAACAAGAACUGAGAACGGCAAGCAUGAUAAUAGGCUCCCUUUGGUGUAG